GGCUAUAUAUUUCAGUCCGCUAAGUCUUGCACCCGAUGAUGCAAGUUCACUGCUUUUGCUGCGUGCUUCUAUUAUACUUCAGUUUAUUAGAGGUAUCUUCUCAAGAUGACUCUAAAGUACCGCCAACUGAAGCAACUGCAUCCACCAUAGCGGCCGAAGAAGCUCCUAAGGACAGUAAACCAGAAGCCUCUGGUUCAUCCAAGUGCAAGCCAGAUGAAAUUCUUUCCGAAAACGGCUGCGUAAACCGCGAUAACUUUCUGAAGAAGAUCAUGAUGAGAACCUGGAAGGACGAAGGCUUUGGCAAUGCAAUGGCGAGAGCUGGCCUGGUGGACGAUGCGUCGCUUAUUUAUCGCAUUUUUAUGUGAAAUAAACGAUUCGGAAUUGGCUACGUAAAA